AUGCCACCUCCCGACCGCGUCACCAAUGCUAUCGACAAUCUGAUAUCGCAUCUUAUCCCACGAGAUCCCCGCGAAGACGAGAGCGCUGCGCAAGAACGACACGAUGCUUGCUUUGAGCUUGCGCGAAACCUCAUUACCAGCCCGGCCACUCCUGUCUCCGCCGACGUAAACCAUGCCUCCGACCUCAUAAAACGAAAGCUUAUCCAGACCAAUCCAGGGCAGGCUCUGAGGUUUUCCAAUCUCUACUCUAGACUUCUGGCUCUGCCUGUUCUCGACAACAAGUGGGCAAUUCUAUAUCUGCUUUACCAGCUGGCCGACUCUCCAGAUCCCAGCGAACCUUUGCCCUUGAGCCCUGUGAAGCCCUCAGCCCCCAACUAUCGCGACGCUAUAAAGAAACAUGGACGAGAACGCGCAAAGCCAGCUGCCGCAUCAAAACCCGAGGAGCAGCAGUUCAAAGACGCCUUUCAACCCGAAGGCUUAAAACAGCUUCCAGCGAAAGAAGUAUUCCAGAGCAGCGACGAACGGCCCUCGAAUGCCGAAUCCCCAAAGCGAGAUGUAACUCUUAAAUCAACUCUGCUGGCUAGCAACUAUGCGGCUGUCGACCCUCCUGAGCAUGCCAUCCUUCGCGAUCUUCCAUUCACAUUUCAAGGCGUCUCUUCGACAACGCUGCCAUUUACAAAGCAAGACACACUCCAACUCCCGCCCUCAUUACCUCUACCCUUAGUGUCUCUGCUUCACACACUGGCUGAACCCUCUCUUCUCUACCGCCAGCUUGACCAGUACUGUAAAGCUUCGGCUCCGGGACAAAAUGGACGGCCACUGGGACUGUUGGGACAGAGCUUGCAGGCGGCUAUAGGCACUGAGCUUAGAUCAUACUUGACUCUCAUCGCAACGCUGGAGGCGCAGAUUCGUAAGGCUCUUUCGACCAUGGACGAGUCCGCACCUUGUGGAGGGAUCGGCAAAGCAGGGGUGACCCUGAAGAGAUGCGUGAUCUGGACACGGGAGGCUACCAUGGGUCUACGACUGAUGAGCUUGAUUGCUGAGGAGUCGGGAAACAAAAAGGGCGGCCAGCUAAUAUCCCUUAUACAUUCGUUUUCCUCAUCACAUGGAGACCCAGUUGUGGCUGCCUUUGCGGAGAGGUUGCUGGCUAAUUUCACCCGCCCUUUCUACGACUUCUUGCGGCAUUGGAUUUACGAUGGCGAAUUGUCUGAUCCAUUUCUCGAGUUCUUUGUCCGGGAAAAAAGUUCCGAAAAGAGCUCGGGUAAGGGGAAAAUGGUGGGGAAUGUGUGGGAAGACAAGUAUGAACUGGACGAGGGUAUGAUUCCUAGUAUCAUCACCCAAGACUUUGCGCAAAAGGUCUUUUUGAUUGGAAAGUCUCUCAAUUUUAUUCGUCACAGCUGCGGCGACUCGCUUUGGGUCGAAGACUACUCCAAGGAUGCAUCGAAGGAACUUCGAUACGGAGAUACAGCCACCCUUGAGGCAUGGAUCGAUGAGGCUUACAAGACCACGAUGAAACGUCUGAUCGAUUUGAUGGCCAACAAGUUCCAUCUAUUCCAACACUUGCAGGCCUUGAAGGACUAUAUUCUUCUCGGACAAGGAGACUUCAUUGCCUUAUUGAUGGAGUCCCUCGCUCCAAAUUUAGAUCGACCCGCUGGUGCCCAGUACCGUCACACUCUGACCGCUCAGCUGGAGGAUGCUAUUCGCGGAUCCAAUGCUCAGCACGAUUCCCCAGAAGUUCUUCGUCGCCUGGACGCCAGAAUGCUACAGUUAUCCCACGGCGACAUUGGGUGGGAUUGCUUCACCCUGGAGUACAAGAUCGAUGCACCUGUCGAUGUUGUGGUCACUGAGUGGGGUAACAGGCAGUACCUCAAGGUGUUCAACUUCCUUUGGCGGAUCAAACGGGUCGAGUUCGCGCUCCUUUCCACGUGGAGGAAAUGCAUGACAGGUGCCCGCGGUGUUCUCCAGAAUCCCGACCCAGUGGUCACGCAGACGUGGAAAUCCACACGCGGUGUGCUGGCGGAGAUGAUCCACUUCGUAGGGCAGCUGCAAUACUACAUCCUUUUCGAGGUCAUUGAGUCGUCGUGGGACGAGCUUCAGAAACGGAUCCGGAAUGAGAACUGCACCCUCGACGAUAUAAUCAAGGCGCACACGAACUUUCUGAACGACAUUACCCACAAGGGUCUCCUCGGCCCAAAGAGACAACACCCCGGCAUCAAUGAAAGCGACCGGGCAUCGUACUUGUCGCAGCUUAGCGAUAUGCUCAAGUUCAUGCUCGCUUACCGCGACUCGGUCGACGGGCUCUGGAGCUGGAGUGUUUCUGACUUUACCCGCCUCCAGGAGGCUGAUGUUCGGACCACGACCCGGCACGAUGUCGACGAUGCGUUUGGUUCACAAGACACCGUCGCCUCCGAGUUCCCCGUUCUCCAGGAACGGUUGAAACACCUGGGUACUUCGUUCCGCUCUAGACUACAGUUCCUCCUAGGAGACUUAGCUUACCAGCCGGAUGUGGACCUCAGGUUCUUGGGUGUAGCUAUGAAUUUCAACGAUGUAUACCAACCAAUGAGGAGGCGGAGCAAGACAUCGCAAUCUGGGACUGUAGCGAACACAUCGAAGGGGUAG